UCUGCGGGGUGGGGCGAAGUUCACCGCCGGGCAUGGGGCUGCGCCACCGGGCGAGCGAGGAGGAGGCCCGUGACCAGGCCAGGUGGUGGAGAGUUGGGGACAAUCCAGAGGACAGAUCGUGACCAUUCCCUCCCGUACCUGCUGUCCCUCUGGCCGACUCCGAAGCCAGGAGACCAAGCGCCUUGUCGAAGGGAAGGGACGGGCACCGGGACGCUGAGCCACCCAGCAGGUCAGCGCGCCCUGCGGGAAGCCCAGGCACCAUGGUGGACACGGAGAGCCCGCUGUGCCCGCUGUCCCCGCUGGAGGCCGACGAGCUGGACAGCCCGCUCUCCGAGGAGUUCCUCCGGGAGAUGGGCAACAUCCAGGACGUGGCCCCGGGCGUGGGCGAGGACAGCGAGGGCAGCUUCGGCCUGGCCGACUACCAGUACCUGGGGGACGGGCCCGGCUCCGAGGGCUCCAUCGUCACGGACACCCUCUCGCCGGCCUCCAGCCCCUCAUCCGUCACCUGCCCGGCGGCUCCCGGGAGCACCGAGGAGCAGCCCAGCGUGGCCCUGAACAUCGAGUGCAGGAUCUGUGGGGACAAGGCCUCCGGCUACCACUACGGGGUGCACGCGUGCGAGGGCUGCAAGGGCUUCUUCCGGCGCACCAUCCGGCUGAAGCUGGUCUAUGACAAGUGUGACCGCAGCUGCAAGAUCCAGAAAAAGAACCGCAACAAAUGCCAAUCCUGCCGCUUCCACAAGUGCCUCUCGGUCGGGAUGUCCCACAACGCCAUCCGCUUCGGGCGGAUGCCCAGGUCCGAGAAAGCGAAGCUGAAGGCCGAGAUCCUCACGUGUGAGCAGGACGCGGAGGACGCUGAGACGGCCGACCUGCGCGGGCUGGCCCGGCGCAUCCACGAGGCGUACCUGAAGAACUUCAACAUGAACAAGGUCAAGGCCCGCGUCAUCCUCGCCGGCAAGACCAGCAACAACCCGCCCUUCGUGAUCCACGACAUGGAGACGCUGUGCAUGGCCGAGAAGACGCUGGUGGCGCAGCUGGUGGCCGGCGGGGGCAUCCAGCACAAGGAGGCCGAGGUGCGCAUCUUCCACUGCUGCCAGUGCACGUCCGUGGAGACGGUCACGGAGCUCACGGAGUUCGCCAAGUCCAUCCCGGGCUUCGCCGGCCUGGACCUCAACGACCAGGUGACGCUGCUCAAGUACGGCGUGUACGAGGCCAUCUUCGCCAUGCUGUCGUCCGUCAUGAACAAGGACGGCAUGCUGGUGGCCUACGGCAGCGGCUUCAUCACCCGCGAGUUCCUCAAGAGCUUGCGCAAGCCCUUCUGCGACAUCAUGGAGCCCAAGUUCGACUUCGCCAUGAAGUUCAACGCCCUGGAGCUGGACGACAGCGACAUCGCCCUCUUCGUGGCGGCCAUCAUCUGCUGCGGGGACCGGCCGGGCCUCCUGAACGUGGCGCACAUCGAGAAGAUGCAGGAGGGCAUCGUGCGCGUGCUGCAGCGGCACCUGCAGAGCAACCACCCCGACGACGCCUUCCUCUUCCCCAAGCUCCUGCAGAAGCUGGCCGACCUGCGGCAGCUGGUCACCGAGCACGCGCAGCUGGUGCAGGUCAUCAAGAAGACCGAGUCGGACGCCGCGCUGCACCCGCUGCUGCAGGAGAUCUACCGGGACAUGUACUGAGCCCGCGCGCCCCGCCGGCCGCCUCGGAGAGGCCCCGACGCAGCGCGCGCGCGCGGACAGCGGGCGGUCAGCGGCCCGAGAGCCAGGAGGGGGCCGGGCCCGCGCUGGUGGCCGGGGCGACUCCCCGCCCCCGCCCCUUCCCACGCCCGCUCCUGGGUCGGUUCAGAAAACUAAUCAGCACUUUUUUUUUUUUCGUUUUGUUUUUAACUCUUAUAAUCCUUUUGAUCUAGAUGUUUCCAAGGAGAGGGGUCUGAGAGCAGCCGCCUACUUAUUGGGGAGACUCUGAUUCUUUGUCCUGGAUUCCAGGAAGGCGCCCUCCACACUGCCCCCCCCACAGGCCCGGGCACCCUCGAACCCCGUGUGGGACCCCGUGGGGGUACAGCAUUCGCUGAUUCGUUGAAUCAGAGAAGCCGGACCCGGGUUUGCGGGGAUUCCCUAGAACCCCGCUGCCUUGGGGCCCUGGCCAGCUGCCUGCUCGGGUGCAGGUGGGUGUCUCCGUGAGCAGGAACCGGCUCCCCAAGGCCCUCCCCCAAGACCCCCCUCCUCUCCUCCCACACCGGGACCCACCCCGGCCGCCCAGGGAGGC